AUAAUUUUAUUCAUUAUAAACUACUAUGCGAUCAAUUUUUGCUUCAACGUAUGCAAUGCAAAAGUGGAGAUCCAGUCGCUGUUUGUGCCGCGCUUUGUGGAGAACGGCACCGAAGAUUCAGUUAUAUUGGACUGUGUCUACACAUUGGAUCCGAUAGACGACAAGAAUCUGGUAGUCAAAUGGUUUCUCAAUGACGAUCCGGAGCCUAUCUACCAGUGGAUACCGGAGCUGAAUGCCCGACAUGCGUCCAAACGGCUGUACGGCCGCAUCAAUAUGGACUUUGCAGUCAAUACAGCCGAUCCGAUGACCAAAUAUCGGGCACUAAAUAUAUUGAGGCCAACCAUUGAUUUAAGCGGCAAAUACUCGUGUCAUGUGUUGUCACUGUCAUCACAGGAUUCGGAAGAGGAAACUAUGAUUGUAUUUGCUACACCCAAAACGUUUGACUUUAACUAUACGCGAACUAAGGACAAGGAGGAACAGUUGGCGUUACGGACGAGGAAAGGUGCCCAUCAGUGGCACUAUAAACCGGUCAAUGGCCAGUCACCUAUGGGACCGAUGACACAUACACAGGACAAUAAAUACAACGCCGGCCACUACGGUGAACAUCCGUACAACAGCGGCAGUGCUGGAGGUGGUGGUCAACAAUUGCCACAAUACGCGUCACGUGAUCCGCACCAUCCGUUUAUGGACAGGGAUAUGGAUGACAUGGAAUGGCAGCCGUCGUCGGCCCAAUUGAGCUGUCAGGUGUCCGAUGUGUUUCCAGUGCCAGAAAUGACAAUAUAUCGGGUGAGCGACGGCGGCGAUAGUAAGGUCCAGGUGUUGACCGAAAUCGAGCAACGAGUGGACCGUAACGCCAACGGCGCCUACAAUGUGACCAUCACUAGUGACCUACGCGACUACCAACUGGUCCAACAGUACGGCAGUCAUCGAAACAAUUACGAAUGUCUGCUAUUGUUAGCCGACGGAAGCAAAAACAAUUUCCAGAGAAAGAAACGCAUCACUUAUUUAACAGAGUUUGCUUUAUUAAACAACACAUUCAUCAUUGCAUCCAAAGAUAGCCUCAUAUUAAUGUUAGUAUCGUUGAUGUCAUUACUGUUUUAUGGAUCAAAAUUCACGUAAAAUUGUAUAUACCUAUUGUAACA